AUGCGCCUCCUGCUGCACGCCGCUCUGGCCUCAGCAAAAGUUGAGACGCUCCACCCACCAGGCCAAGCCGCCGCCUUUUUCGAAGCGCCCGCCGGCCCCGAGCCGUCUGUCGAGAAACUGUCGCCAAGCAGCCUCGCGAAAGCCCGAGGGUCACUCGUGCAGCUCCGGCACCGCGGCGUCGUAUUCGGGCUAUUUCUACCGACCGCGCAGCGCGAAGGCGAAGCCUCGCCCGUCCUCGUGUUUCUGCACGGCCGCGGGGAGAGCGGCGGCUUUGCCGUCGCCAACGCACAGUCGCUCCCGUGGCUGCUGUCGAGAGGCCACAACGCGUCCUUCACCGCGUCCUUCCCCUUCAUCGUCGUCGCGCCGCAGUGCCCACAGGAGUGCGCGAGCGAGAAUGGAUGGCGGUCCGACGUGCUCCGCGGCGUGGCUGAGCUCGUGCACGACUGGGCGAGAGCCUACAGCUGCCGAGAGGGCUCCGCCGUGACCUGCCGGAAGGGUCAGCUGGCCUCUGCCGGUCGCAGGUGA